AUGGCUGACGAAGUUGUCGAAGUUCUAGUGCUCAGAGGAACCCUGCACGGCCACAACGGAUGGGUGACCUCCCUUGCCACCUCUCCAGCUAACCCAGAUCUGCUCCUUUCCGCCUCCAGAGACAAGACCUUGAUCACCUGGCAAUUGACUAGAGACGAGAACAACUACGGUGUUGCCAAGAAGGCACUGAAGGGCCACUCGCACAUUGUCCAAGACUGUGCCAUCUCUCCAGACGGACUGUACGCCAUCUCUGCCUCCUGGGACAAGACCUUGAGACUCUGGAAGCUCGAUACCGGCGAAUCUGUUGUUAGAUUUGUUGGACACAAGGGAGACGUUCUGUCUGUUUCCAUUGCCGCCAACUCCAGACAGAUUGUGUCUGCCUCGAGAGACAAGACCGUCAAGGUCUGGAACUCUCUCGGUCAAUGUAUGGCCACCCUGGAGUCGCACACCGACUGGGUCAACGCUGUGAGAUUCUCCCCAUCUUCUCCAACCGACGAAGCCAAGGCUGCCACCGUUAUUUCUGCCGGUUCUGACAAACUCGUUAAGGCUUGGGACUUGAGAGACUACACCCUGGCCGCCGACUUUGUUGGCCACAACGGUUACGUUUCCUGCAUCACCAUCUCCCCAGACGGAUCUUUGUGUGCUUCUGGUGGAAAGGACGGUGCCAUCAUCCUGUGGGAGAUGAGCUCCAAGAAGAAGACUCUGUACACUCUGCAAGCCGGUGACGAGAUCAACGCCCUGGCCUUCUCGCCAAACAGAUACUGGCUCUGUGUUGCCACUGCCAGCUCCAUCAAGAUCUACAACCUGCAGGAGAGAACCUUGAAGGAGGAGCUCAAGCCUGAGGUUGCCGAGGGUAAGACCCCAGAGUGUAUUUCCCUUGCUUGGUCCCACGACGGCCAGAACUUGUUCUCUGGUUACACUGACAAUGUGAUUAGAGUCUGGCAGGUCAUGACCUCGCAGUAA